AUCAUCACCAGAUCUUGAGUCUUCAACUCUCUCGACCCAUCUAUCUCGGGAUCCUCCUUUGCCUUUGUGUGGGAACCACCACCCCCGGAUUGUCAAUCUUUGACUUUAUCUUUAUCUUUCCUCCCACCCCGCAAUCAUGGGUCUCUUUGGUAAAAAGGACUCUCAAGAGCCUGCUGCCACUGAGGUUGCUGAGGUGCGCCGCGGAUCAGUGGACAACCGUGCUCUCACUGGAGCAUCGGCCCUCACUGCUCGUCAAUCCAUCCUUCCCGUCGCCUUGGUCACUUCGCUCUUCUUCUGCUGGGGUUUCGCAUACGGACUCCUCGAUGUCUUGAACUCGCGCUUCCAGGUCGCCCUCAACAUCUCCCAGGGAGAGUCUUCGGGACUCCAGGCCGCGUACUUUGGAGCCUACUUCAUCGGUCCUCUGACGUACUCUGGAUGGUUCCUGCGCAAGUUCGGCUACCGAUGGACCUUCAUCCUCGGUCUCAGCAUCUACUGCGUCGGUGCGCUCAUGUUCUGGCCUGCGGCCGUGAAGCGAUCAUUCGGUGGUUUCUGCGGAGCCAUGUUCAUUGCCGGAUCUGGUCUGUCGACUCUUGAAGUCAGCGCCAACCCAUACAUUGCCGUCUGCGGUCCCCCCAAGUGGUCCGAGUUCCGUCUUGAGCUGUCUCAGUCCGUCCAGGCUGUUGGCUCCGUCGUUGCGCCCGUCCUCGCUGCCCAGGUCAUCUUCAAGAACGUCGGAGAGGAUGGCAAGUCCCUCGAGGCCGUCCAAUACGUGUACCUUGCCAUUGCCGCUUUCGUUGCCACCCUCGCUCUCAUCUUCUUCUUUGCUGGAAAGUACAUCCCCGAAGUCACGGACAGCGACAUGGCCGAGCAGGAAGAGACCACCGUCAGCAACGGCUACGUCGACAAGCCGCUCAGAAAGCAGUACACUCUCUUCUGGGGAACCUUUGCCCAGUUCUCAUACGUUGCCGGUCAAGUCGGAUGCGCAGCCUACUACAUCAACUACUUCGCCGAGGCAUCGCCCCAACUCAGCACCACCGAGAGCCACCACAAGGGCGCCAACUUCUACGCCAUUGCCCAAUCUCUCUUCGCUAUCGGUCGCUUCGCCGCUGCCGGUAUCAUGUACUUUGGCGGUAAGCCGCGCUACGUGCUGCUCGCCUUCCAGACCUUCAUCAUGAUCUUCAUCUCCGCCGCCAUCGGCACCGACACCGGCAGCGCCACCACGACCAACUGGGGCGGUAUCAGCAUGCUCAACCUCGUCCUCUUCUUCGAGUCCUGCAUCUUCCCCAUCAUCUUCGCCCUCACCCUCCGCGGUCUCGGUCGCCACACCAAGCGCGGUGCCUCCUUCCUCGUCUCCUCCGUCUGCGGUGGCGCCGUCGGCCCCGUCGUCCUCGGAAACGUCGCUGAUCUCAUCGGAACCCGAAAGGCCAUGUGUGUCCCCCUUGGCUUCUUCGCCAUCGCCUGGUCUUACCCUCUGUACCUCAACAUUGCCAAGGGCAAGGAGCUCGAUGCUUACACUGAGUCUCACGUCGGUACCGAGCAGGCUAUUCCCGAUUCAGACUCCAUUUCGGUCGAGAAGGACCUCGAGGCUCGCACUUUUGAGACUAAGGCCUAAAGUUGCGGAUUAAUAGAAUAGAGGCUCUGGAAAGCUUUUUGCUGUUUUGAGAUUUUGUUUUUUUUUUCUUGUUUGUUCGGAAACUUAGACGAUACCUAUGAGAAUUGAUGAUUAUGAUGAGCGCGGCGUUUCUGCUGGUAUAACUCGAAUUUCCACAUGACUGUGUUUUUGCUCUAUAGAUGUCCAUAUGUACAUGUAUGAAUUCACUGAAUAAUCCUAGACUAUCCAUGUUCCAAUCUUCACAAUCAUGUGAAUUUUCAAUCAAGUGGUGUCAGGGAAAGACUCAAUUACAGGUUUU